ACUAUCAGCUCGGGAGGUUGUGCUCGUAUGCGCUGUGUGUUUCGACAUCACCUCGUCUCGCAUACGUAUAAAUAAGAGUGAAAAAUAAAAAAUAUAGAAAAGAAAAACAAAAAACUGUGCCAAGAGCAAUUAAAAAUAAAUAAAGAAAUCGUUUGAAAUUUGCAUUUAUUUAUGUGCAGCUUGCAAUGCUCUCCCCGUACGGUACGUGACUUCGUCGCCACCUGAUUUUGUGUGGUUUGUUUUUGUUUGUUUUUUACGAAAAGAAAUUGCUCUAGUGAAACAAAGAAAAGAGAAAACCAAUUGCAAAUAGAAAGCAUAAACAGCAAAUUUUGAAAAAAUGUCUUCGUUUAUAAUGGUGCGACCGGUGGUCCAGCCAUUAGCUACUCACAAGCCACGCCCCUGCAUUUCCUCGCCAGACGUGCAGUCGAAAAGGCGAAAUCUGUUCGGCACUUGCGAUAGUGCCGAUAUCGACGCAAGGCUAGAGGAGGAAAAUAAACGCACAAGCACCUACCUGAUGGAACGCUAUAACAUGGAUCUCGAAAAAUUGGAGGAACAGUGCAAUCAACGGAACUCAGUGGAGGCAGUGAAAUUUGUGGACUUGGAUAGCAACAAAUCAGCUUUGAUGGUUAUAAAAGCAACCGGCAUCAAACGCAACUUUCCCGUACGCAAAGCUUACAACGGAGAUUUGAUAGUGCCAAAACGUAAAUUUAAUCAGAUCAGCAGAGACCAGGUUGAAGCUGAUAGCCAUAAUAGAGAAAUGGGGCCAAAUGGGGAAAAGAGAAUGUGCAAAGGGUGUAGGAACAAUAACUGCAAUAAUUGAUAUUUAUUACAUAUUUUUUAUUAUUAUUUAACUUAUAUUUUUUAUAUGUGUAUAUUUUUGUUUAAGCAAAACCAAGACUUAACAGUACAUAUAGUGGGCUUCAAAUACGACAGCACACACACACGCACACUCAAAAAAAGUUAAAUUAUAUUAAAUUAAUAACUAAUAACAAAUCCCCAAUUUCAAAGCGUUCUCAGCGUGUUUCCGGCUUCUGCUGCACGCGUGUGCCGAAAGUAUUUACAGUUUGUCAUGAUCUCAAUAAAAAAUGUACAUUAUUUUGUCUAAAUGUAAUUUAUUAAUUGAAAUUAUUUAAAAGAAACAUACUGCAAAGACCUUUGUACAGAAAAACUAUAUUCGAAUUAUUGUAUUUAUUGUACGUUUUUCGGUCUUUGUUAAUUGUGUAUAAUAUGUUAAUUCGCAUUACGGUAAACAAAAUUGUAAGCUCCCCAAGAGAUAUUCUUUGGAGAGGGAAAAUCUUAAAGUAGAAAACAAAAAAAAAACAAAAAACAAAAAACAACACAAACUGUGCAUAUUUCCUUAAAUGAAACAAAUUAUUGUAUAACCUACACAACACACGAUGAAAUUAUGAAAAGUAAAAAAGAUACAGCAAACAAAAAGAAAAUAAAACAACUUUAUAAUAUACUUUGUAGCAAAAGGUUUAAAAAUCUUAAAAAAAACAUUAAAAACAAAAGAAAAA